CAGCUCCCGCUCCGCUCCGCUCUACUCUCCUCCCCGCCCUGCCCCUCUGGACUGGCUGGGCUGGGCUGGGCUGGUAGAAUGCGCCGCAGCCACACGCAGGGGCAAGGGCAGAACGGAGGGAGCUGAGGGAGGCCCUGAACAGAGGCCCGGCAGCGCCGGAGCUGGCGGGAGUCAGACCCAAAGGUAAAGAAUAGCCAGACCCCUGGCUCCCCAGUCCCUAGGGUGAGCAUAUUGUGGGAAGGGAGACAGGCUAGGUUUCUAAGAAGGUGGAAGGAACUUAAACUGGAGCUAGGAAUCAAGAGAUCCUUAUUUCCUGGUGAGGAGGAUGAAUGAAGCGACAGAGGGAAGGAAUAGAAAAGUGAAGGGAUCUUGGUCCCCUAGUCUCUGGGGUGGAACCCUCCUGGGCUUCUAAGGAAGAAUAAGCCUCCUGGACUGCUUUUAGGGUGGAGCUGGAUGGAAUGGAAGGAACAGGGUGUUGGGAUGGGAUUGGAAUGGGGGAAUUCUCCGUCUAGGUAUUGGGAGCAAUUGGGUGUUUGGGCUGGGGAGCUUUUUAGAGUCUGAGACACAGAAGCCAUCAUGGGUUGGCGAAGACUGUGAGAAAUAUGAGGCUGUUUGCCUGGGGCCUGCUGGGGCCCUCUCUGGAGGCCAUCCCUGCACCCCAAAGGCCUCCAUGGCUCCCUUGUGGCUCCCUUAUAGCUCCAGUGGCUGCCCCUUCUCUGGACCAGGUCAUGCGCUGCCCCAAGUUCCUUCUGUGCCUGUCAGCUCUGCUAACGCUCCUGGGCCUCAAAGUGUACAUCGAGUGGACGUCUGAGUCCCGGCUCAGCAAGGCCUACCCUGGCCCCAGGGGCACACUGCCAGGCCCCACACCAGCCAGCCUAGAGCCUACCCUUCCCGCCAACCUCUCAGCCCGCCUUGGCCAGACUGUUCCACUGCCCUUGACUUACUGGAACCAGCAGCAGUGGCGGCUGGGGACCCUGCCCACUGGGGACAGCACUGAGGCAAGGGACUGCCAGGCUUGGGGGACUGCUGCCGCUGCAGAGAUUCCUGACUUUGCCUCCUACCCUGAGGACCUCCGCCGCUUCCUGCUGUCAGCAGCCUGUAGGAGUUUCCCACGGUGGUUGCCCAGAGCUGGUGGUGGCCAAGUGGCCAGCUGCUCGGAUACCAAUGUCCCCUAUCUGCUGUUGGCUGUCAAGUCAGAACCAGGGCGCUUUGUGGAACGACAGGCUGUGAGGGAGACAUGGGGCAGUCCAGCUCCUGGAAUCAGGCUGCUCUUCCUGGUGGGGUCCCCAGUGGGUGAAGCGGGGCCUAACUUAAGCUCCCUGGUGGCCUGGGAGAGCCGUCGCUACAGUGACCUGUUACUCUGGGACUUCCUUGACGUCCCCUUCAACAGGACGCUCAAAGACCUCCUGCUGCUGGCCUGGCUGGGCCACCACUGUCCUGAUGUGACUUUUGUCCUCCAAGUUCAAGACGAUGCCUUUGUGCAUACCCCUGCCCUGCUGGAUCACCUGCGGGGCCUGCCGCCUACCUGGGCUCAAAGCCUGUACCUGGGUGAGGUCUUUACACAGGCCACACCCCUCCGGAAACCUGGAGGACCCUUCUACGUGCCUGGAUCCUUCUUUGAAGGUAGCUACCCAGCCUACGCAAGUGGAGGUGGUUAUGUUAUUUCGGGACGCCUGGCACCCUGGCUGCUGCAGGCAGCAGCCCAUGUGGCACCCUUCCCCUUCGAUGACGUCUACACUGGCCUGUGCUUCCGUGCCCUGGGCCUGGUGCCUCGUGCCCACCCAGGCUUCCUCACGGCCUGGCCAGCAGAUCGCACCACAGACCGCUGUGCUGUCCGAGACCUGCUGCUGUUACGGCCCCUUGGCCCCCAGGACAGCAUUCGGCUCUGGAAGCAGCUACAGGACCCACAGUUGCAGUGCUGAGCUUCAGUGGGGGGAUGGAACAGCUGGCCUGCUCCGGGCCUCUGAUGCCUCCACCCUGCCUAGCACCUCCCUCUAGGCCUUCAUCUGAGGGAGGAGUACUAGAACCUGGACUGUGUGAGCCACUCUUGGGCCUCCCCAGCCAGACAGGAUGAGGCCAUGAACAGUUUUGUCUACUCCUUGUUUUCUGAAAAACAUGCAAUGCCCACUCUGAGACCUGGAGUUGUAUUUGCAUCUAUGGGGCCCCAAGUGGUAGAGAGCAGAGCUCAGCCACACCCUGACCUUCACACUAGACACUUCCCCGAUCCUGGGCAGGGCUAGCUCUGAUGGCCUUCUGGUCCCUCUGCUGGACACCAGAUUUGCCCCAUUUUGUGGGAAACCAGGAGACCAUCUCUGCAGGACCCCCACCCCCUCUGUCUGAAGCUGACCUGCCAGUUGCG